AGUGAAAAAGAGCAAGGUCCCGAGAGAUAACAGGCUGAGAAGGAGGACAGAAAAGACAUCCCGAGUCCAGUCACAGCAUUACUGCCGAGCAGAGACUCGCUCAGACAUGAUCGUCAGUGCAUGGCGGGGCUUCCUCUACUUUUAUGGACUCGUCUUUGACUCUCUUUCCGGAUGUGAAAGGAGUGACCAACUAUCGGCAUCACACAUCAACAGGACAGAGUUCCCAUUGCAGUACAUGGGGAGCUGGUACUUCCUGGCAGCGGCAGCAGAACCUGGAACUCGAGCGCUGGACAUCUUCAGGGUGAUGGAUAACGGGCGUUUCAUGGUCCAGGAAAGUACGGACAUGGAGAAACUGGAGUUCAGAGCGUCCAUCAGAGUUAAAGACGGCUCAUGUAUUCCCCGCACAUGGAUUUACAUGCUGACUGAGAACAGCACAGAGCUGAGGACAGAGGGCCACCCAGACAGACUGACUGAGCUCUUCUCCUGUCACUGUCCGGACUGCGUUCUCCUGAAAGAGACGGAUGAGACGACCUCCAGGCUCCUCCUCUAUUCACGUUCUCCACGACUGGACGAAGACUGUAUGGACAAGUUCAAGCAUAAAUCCACAUGUGAAGGCUACAAAGAUGUUCUGCAGCUUCCGCAAACACUAGAGCAAUGUCCCCUGGAGGAGUGACGGUAACACGAGGAGGAAGAGCUGGCGAGAAGACCUCAUAAACACAAUCUAGAUAAUCUCGUGCUCUUCAAUUAUCAAAAAUUCAAUAAAAUCUAUUUUUUUUUCUUGUGA